AUGGAGUGGAAGGAUCCAGUCGAGCGGUUUCUCGAGCUGCUGCGUCUGCGCACGGUGAGCUCGGAAGGACCGAGUGGUAGCUAUGAAGAGUGUGCGGAGUGGCUACGUCGAUACCUUGAAGAACUUGGCCUCCCGGUCCAAGUGUUUGCACCUGUUGCUCAUAAACCUGUCGUGCUGGCGACAUGGCAUGGAGAAGAUCCGACGCUUCCAGGGAUUCUUUUGAAUUCGCAUUAUGAUGUGGUGCCAGCGGUAGCAGAGCACUGGCAGUACGAUCCAUUUGAUGCUCAAGUCCUGGGUGACGGUCGCAUUUACGCACGAGGAACACAAGAUAUGAAGAGCGUAUGCAUUCAGUACGUUGAAGCUGUGCACGUCCUCCUCUCGUCAGGGUUUAAACCCAAGCGCAAUGUCUACCUCUCCUUUGUGCCGGACGAAGAAAUUGGAGGUGCAGAGGGAAUGGAGAAACUCUUGGAAAGCGAUCCGUUCAAGGCUAUCAUGCCCGUUGCGUUCGCGUUUGACGAAGGCUUGGCAAAUCCCAAGGAUGUGUUCACGGUGUUCUAUGGAGAACGAUCUCCAUGGUGGGUGUAUGUGAAGGCAGAGGGGCCAACAGGUCAUGGCAGCCGUUUCAUCAAGGAUACGGCGGUCUCCAAGAUCUUAGACAUCUGUAAUAAAGCAUUGGCGUUUCGGGACGAGCAGGAAAAGGCGCUCGGGGCUGAUGACGGAUGCAGGCACGCGGACAUGAAGAAGAAAACCCUCGGAGACGUUACGACGAUUAAUAUCACGGCGCUUCAAAGUGGUGUUUCGCAGGACGGUGGGAAGACCCAUGCCCUUAAUGUGAUCCCGAACGAAGCCAUCGCUGGAUUUGAUAUCCGCGUAUCACCUAAGAUGGACUUUAAGGAAAUGGGCGAAAAACUAGAUGAAUGGUGCGCUACCGUGGGCGUCUCCUGGGAAUUUGCGUCGUGGACGAAUCCAAUGCAUGAGCAUUACAUCACCUCACUCGAUGCUGACAAUACCUGGUGGCAGCUUUUUCAGUCGUCCUGUGCCCGCAUGGGAGUGGAGUUGGAGACAGAGAUUUUCCCAGCAGCUACGGAUAGUCGCUUCCUCCGCAAGAUUGGAGUACCCGCCAUCGGAUUCUCCCCAAUGAAGCAAACCGAGAUUCUUUUGCACGAGCACAACGAAAGUCUCUCGAAGGACGUGUUCCUCAACGGAAUUGAAGUGUAUGUCAACGUAUUUCAAGAUAUGUUUGCUCACGGAUAG